GCGGGGUGGGCGGCGCGGCCCGUUUGCCUUGUUUAAUCAGGCAGCCCACUGGCAGCAUCGCGCACUAUCGCGUUCUUCCUCUUCUUUCCUUAGCAUCAGCAUCUUCCCCAGCUAGAGAAUAAUCAUCUUUGCUCUUCUGUUCUGUUGUUCAUUAUCAUACAAUCUUCUCGCCUCACCUUUCUAGUUGGAUUCUUCAUCUAGAUUGUGUCUUCAGCGCGUCCCCAUGAGCGGCUUUGAAAUCACUGGUGUCGUCUUGGGGGCCAUCCCCCUCAUCAUCUCCGGCCUCGAGCACUGGCGCGAAGUCGCAAAGGUCUGCGGCUACUACGCCCGUAUUCGAAAGGAGCACAGAAAGUGUCUCUACGAUGUGCGGCUAUACCAAAUUCUAUACAUGAGAAACUUGGAGGAACUCCUACUGCCAAUCGUUGACAAUCCCGACCAUGUAACUCUCCUGGUCAACGACCCAGACAGCCAUCACUGGAAGAGCAAGACCCUAGAGUCGAGGUUGGGAGACCGUCUGCAAGAGUCUUACCCUCUAUACAUGGAGAUUAUUAACAACAUGAAAGAGGCCCUCGAAGAGUUACAGAAAAUUCUAUCCCUCGACAACAUCACGGUGCAAGCCAAAUUGCACCCGUCAGAACGACCACAAAAGCAAACCUCGCUCUUAACAUCGGCGAGGACAAAGUGGGACUACGAACUCUUUCGAAUCAAGUUCAGUUUCAAUGAGCCAAAACGAACCAAGGUCGUCGAUGACCUCAAAGAGUACAACGAGCGACUAGAGAAGCUCCUCAGCACAAGCGACAAGAUUACUACCUUGAAGCAAGCGGCUUCCAGUGUCUACACAAAAUCUACGUCUGCUCUGGAGAAGGUCUUCGCCGAAACCAGGAGGAAGUCGGGGUUACUCUACAAGGCACUGCAAAAGGCAUGGCAGUGCUCCUGUCAGCACCACCACUUUGCCAAUCUCCGGCUUGAGCACCGCACGCUACCGGAGAUAUGCUUUGAGAUCAUCCUGAUGUUCGCUUCGUCGCCAUCUAAUGGAGAUAAAAAAACCAAUCAAUGGAGUUUCAAAGAGCUCCAAUGCGGCCCAAUGACCGACUGCUCUUUUUCCUACACGUCGUCCCUUCUCGACGCUCCGUCUGUCCUUCAGACAUCGCAGAAGGCCAGUCUUGCUCUCCGUGCUCCCAUCGCAUUGCGCACUCUACACCAGAAAAAAAAGGAUGCUUUCCCGUCUACAGCCAUUUCUGUACCUCGGAUCGAGGUGAAUAGCCUCACUGGGCCUAGUAUCAAGCUCUGUCAGCGCCUUGGUGACCACGACUGCGGUCAGUGCAUGGGUAUCAUUGGUCAUGAAAGCGAGACAUAUCACCUGCAUCCAUUGGCCAAGCGGACAUCUUCCGGCCAAAGCAGAGCCUUGACACUUGACCAUGUCUUGUCGGGCGACUUUGGAGGCCAUCUGGGUCGACGACAGCGUUACUAUAUCGCGCUAUUACUUGCAUCAUCAGUUGCCCAGCUCCAAUCUACCGAAUGGCUGAGAACCGGCCUCACAAAGGGAGACAUUUUCUUCUACGUAUGCGGCGAUGAACAAUGCGAGGUCCCAUUCCACGAACCCUUCAUCCGUCAGGGCUUUCCUUCGUCGCGCAACGAGACGACCUCAAGCGGGUAUGCCAAGGACUAUAACUUUUACUCUCUAGGUAUCCUUCUUUUAGAACUUUGCUUCGGCAGACGGUUGGAGGACCUCCCCCAACGUCAAAGGUUCCCAAGCGGGCCCCAAGAGGCGGAGCAAGCAUAUGACCUAGUGGUGGCACUAGAAUGGUCAAACGGUGUAGGCGAUGAAGCAGGGGACGACUACGCCUCGGCGAUCAAGUGGUGUUUCACAGGCGCGAAGAUGGCAAGUCGUUCAUGGCAAGGAGAUGUCAUUAAACAUGUUGUGAGGCCUCUUGAAGCGUGCCAUGAGCAUCUCAGGGCGGUAUGCUGACUGGAUGCGGGCUACAACGCUGCUAAAACAGAAAGCAGCGAGACGAGCAUCGAGCAUGGUCAGUCUAAUGAUUUCUGUCCGAUACAGCUCUCUGUUCAUGCUCCUGGAGUCCAGACUCCAGCCUAGUGCUCUUGCACCUCCAUCACUGGCCCCUUGUACUCCCUCUUGGCCCAGAAGAAGUAGUACA